AUGUUCACACUAGUGGGAUUACUUGAGUUCUUCUACAAAGAGGCUCCUGUAGGGAUGAGAUCACUUGCCACUUCAUUCACCUGGAUAUCUGUGUCGCUUGGGUACUUUCUGAGUAGUGUUUUGGUGGAUAUUGUCAAUUCUGUUACGAAGAGAGUGUCGCCAAGCAAAAAAGGAUGGAUUAAUGGGCUGCUAUUGGAUAACAACAAUCUGAAUUUAUUUUAUUGGUUGUUGGCUGUGUUGAGCUUGAUAAAUUUCGCAGUUUACUUGCUUUCAGCCAUAAAGUAUAAGUACAAAAAGGAGGAUGAUGAAUUAUUGAGACAGAAAUGGCGUCAACAACUACAAGUGUUGCCAUGGUCAGUGCAAGUGAAGAUGAGUUACCAAAGAGUACAAUUCAAGAAGACCCUCCAGUGGGUGAAACAACCGUUGAAUCAAAUGAGGAUGUUAAAAAUGUGA